UUACAGCUUUUUGAUAUGGCUGUUGUGACAGGAGAUAGUAUUGAGGUUGACGACGACAUGGAGCUCGAACAUACAGAUCAAAUUGAUGAUUUAAAAAGUCGAGCGACAAAGAAAAAGGGACGUGGUUUUGGCGGUGAAACGCAUGCUGAUGUCACGGAAUAUGAAGGUUUGGAGAGUACGGCUGGUGCAAACAAUCCAAAUGCCCCUCAAAGAUCGGUAGAAGGGUGGAUAGUUUUUGUGACAAAUGUUCAUGAAGAAGCUCAUGAAGAUGACGUAUAUGAACGAUUCAGCGAAUACGGUGAAAUUAAAAAUAUGAAUUUAAACAUUGACCGACGAACGGGCUUCCUAAAGGGAUAUGCAUUGGUGGAAUACGAGACGCAGAAAGAAGCUCUUGCUGCGAUUGAAAGCUUAAAUGGAGCAGAAUUGCUUGGACAAACUAUAAACGUUAGUUGGUGCUUUGUGCGGGGCAGUGCGCAGAAGAAGAGGCGACGAUGAGUUGAUUUCAUAUCCAUUUAGAGUGGACCUUCAGUUUCAUUUUGAUAACUCAAAAGCCUCAUUGAAUUAUUGUUGAUCUUAAUGGAUUCUACAGUUUUUUUGUUCUCUAAUUGUUUCAUGCGCACGGAAUUUGUUGAAUCAGUUUCCUCAUGUUUUUUGCUGGAAUUCAGAUCUGUUGAACGUCUUAAUUUCUUUACCGCAGAUAGUGGGAAGUCGGCGUAAGUGUUUUUUCCAUGCGAAAUUCUUUGUUGCUGUAUAAAACUCAUUCGCAGUAAGUUUGGAUCUGGAACUGUAUCACUCAGAUUUUUAUCUGUGAAAGAUUUUUAAUGUCUUUGGUAAAAUAUGUUUACAUGAGAGUGGUCUAAUGCGUAAUAAUCAAUUAAAUCAGCUGUUGGCGAAUUUGUGAUUUGCAACUGGCGGAAGCCUUUCGAUGCUAGGCGUCAUAUCUCUAGCUUGUACACUCUUGUGCUGGACUACGAGUCCAGGAAUGAUUGCACAAUUCGGAUCGGGAAGUGAGUAA